UGCAAACUGAGUGCUAUAAGUUCCAACCACAUCAGAGCCUGAGCUCAAGCAAGCCUCCCUUAGGGGAGAGUCCAACGGAGAAGCACGAAAUAAAAUCCAAAGCAUUGAAGAAGUUGUUCGAACGAAAGUUAAUCCACUACGUGAGUGACGUAAAAGGUGUUGAUGAUAUAUUGUAUCAUAAUGAGACGGAACCGAAGAGAGAAAAAAGGAAAGCAGUCUACCUCGGAAUUGACUUAAACUGCAGGUACCUUCAUUUGGGGAACCUUGUGCAGUUAAUCACACUGAACAUUUUGCGCAACUAUAAGACGGACGUGGUGGUGCUACUGGGUGGGAGCACAACGAAGAUUGGGGACCCCUCCUUUCAGCAGGCAGAACGGAGGAGGCCUUUCCACGAGGAGAUCUGCGAGAAUGAGGAGAGCAUAAGGGGGAUCAUUAUGAGGUUGCUUCUGCGGGGGGAAGAGCCAAUGAUUAACACCUCCCCCGAGGGAGAUCCAAUGAUUAACACUUCCCCCCUGGAGGAAUUUUCAACCCACUCGCCAGACAAAGGGUCCCUCACCAUAGUGAACAACAGAGAGUGGUACAACCAAAUGGACAUAACCGACUUCCUAAUCCACGGACAGCAUUUCCCUCUCCACAAAAUUUUAAAAAAAGAAUGCUUCAAGGCCAAAUUGAAAGAGAGUAAUUUAACGCUCAAAGAUCUGAAUUACCUAAUUUUGCAGUCAUACGAUUUUGUGCACUUAUACAAAAAGUACAGAUGCUGUAUACAAAUAGGAGGGUCGGAUCAAUGGGGAAACAUACAAUCGGGCAUCGAACUAUGUCAGCACAUGUGCAAUACGCAGCUGUAUGGAUUGACAACAAAUUUGUUGCUUCAUAAGAAUAACAUCAAGUAUAGCAAAUCGCUAUUUGAGCAGAGUAAGAGACUACCCAUUUGGAUUGAUAAAGAGUAUACCCCCCCCUUUCUUUUUUGGAACUUUUUACGAAACAUCGAUGACCAGCAGGUGGACACUUACAUUUGCAUGCUAACAGAUUUGGAAGUCCCAAGUAGGCAUUCUUCAGGUGAAAUUAUUUCAGAGGGAGAGGAUAACUCUGUUGAUGCUCAGAUCAACCGAGCGAAGGAAAAACUGGCUGACUCUGUCACUUCAUUUAUUUAUGGAGAAGAAACUGUUCGUAUAAUUCACUCACUAAGUAGACUUCUAAAGGAGGACGAGGUUGCAGUGAUUGACCGGGUCGACCAACUUAAGGUCUUCCCCUUUAUCCUAAUUAACAGGAAUGACUUACACAAAAAUGAAAUUAGCAUAGUCCACAUUUUACGCAAAUUCGAUGUGGCAUCAACUAAUAAAGAAGCAAAGGAGAAGUUGGCCCAACGGUGCAUCUAUCUCAAUAAACAACUAAUAGAUGAUGCUAAGUACCAUUUAAGUUUGCCUUCUUCCUUUGUAAGAGCCAAGGACGGAAAUUAUUAUGCCAUUUUGGGACUGGGAAAAAAGACAUACUACUCGAUAAUCGUGCAGU